GAGAGAGAGAGAGAGAUACAUGUAUAAAACUUGCAUCAUCGGAGGCGUAGAUAUAUUCCUAAUCCUACCAAUAAUCGUAUUUUCCUAUUCCUAGUAAAGCUCUGAGUAAUCAAUUUCUCCUCCUGUUCACACGAGGGUUCAUUCUUAAAUUACUUUGUUAAACUUCUUAUAUCCAUCAUCAUCGAAUCAUCGAUAACGUAUCACUACUCUCAUUCUUGCUCUCUGUGACCUUUGACAAUGGACUUUGCGAUUUCUGGACCAACUCUUCCAAUCGACAGGAAAAAAAGCUUGAAUAUGGUUUGUGGAGCUUUCUACAUACCAAAGGAGAAAUCCCGAACUCCUCAAGGGGAUGAUGCCCACUUUAUAUGUGAAGAAAGCCAAACGAUUGGUGUCGCGGAUGGCGUUGGAGGCUGGUGGAAGAGUGGUGUAGAUGCAGGAGAAUAUGCUCGGCAACUCAUAACAAACUGUGUUAAUGCAAUCCAAAACAAAGCAAGAAGUGACGUUGAUCCGAGAAAGGUUUUGGAUGAAGCCUACUCAAAGACCAAUGUUAAAGGAUCAUCUACAGCUUGCAUAUUAACACUGAAAGAUAAUCAUUUGCACGCUGCGAAUGUGGGUGAUAGCGGAUUUUUGUUGAUUAGAGAAGGAGAAGAUGUUUACAAAUCACCAAUUCAGCAACGCCGCUUCAAUCAUCCAUAUCAGCUUGGAAACACAUCAAAAGAUAAACCAAGUUCAGCACAGAUUUUUGAAAUUGCAGUAAGGGCUGGAGAUCUAAUUGUUGUUGGCACGGACGGUCUGUUUGACAACAUGUUUGCAAAUCAGAUUGAGGAUGUUGUGAAAAUGGUGAGUAGAGAUUGUGUUGACGUAGAGCAUGUUGCCCGGGCAAUAGCUGAACAUGCUUAUUACAACUCAGUGGACGCAGCUGCUGGUACUCCGUUUACAGAAGCAUCUCUCAUGGCAGGGAAAGAUCGUUUUGGUGGCAAAGAAGAUGACAUAACUGUUAUUGUUGCUUAUAUUCUUUGAUCAGUAAGUUGUGUGUUUCCAAUGGAUAAGAGCUCAUGUCAGGUUAAUGGAGUGCCAAGCUGGAGAUUGUAAAUAGAAUUUAGUAGCUUACGAGCAACUUUUUGUUGAGAAAUAUUUGAAUUCACUGAAGUUGUCCUCUGUAUAAGCCGAUCAAUGGAAAGAAUGAACUAAUUUCUUAGAGAACAUUUUUGCGAAACCAGUUCAUAUUGUUGAUCAACAAGGCGUUUGUGUUAACAA